GUAGCACAAGACUUAUAGGUAGAGCAGAGUGGCGAGUAGCUUUUCAGUUUUUCUUGUUUGGUUGGUACAACUCCCUCACUCUCACUCACCGCGCUUCCACUGUGUCAGAACUCAGAAGAAGCAACGAUGCGGUUGUGUCCCUGUUUUGGCGACGGAAACACCGAGCAAGCAGCGGUGGCGGAUCGCGACCCGGUCCUACUAGUCUCCGGCAUGGGUGGCUCCAUCCUCAACUCCAAACCCAAGGGAUUCGGUGUCACCACUCGUGUCUGGGUCAGGCUCCUCCUCGCUGACCUCGAGUUUCGCAAGAAGAUUUGGUCCAUCUACAAUCCCAAAACAGGUUACACGGAAUCGUUAGACAAGAAAUCUGAUAUUGUGGUUCCUCAAGAUGAUCAUGGCCUCUAUGCAAUUGAUAUUUUAGAUCCUUCAUGGUUUACGAAAUGCGUACAUUUGACGGAGGUGUAUCAUUUUCAUGACAUGAUUGACAUGCUUGUUGAAUGUGGGCAUAAGAAAGGAACCACCUUGUUUGGAUAUGGAUAUGAUUUCAGGCAAAGCAAUAGGAUUGACAAGUUAUUGGAUGGUCUUAAACACAAGUUGGAAACUGCUUACAAGGCCUCUGGUGGAAGAAAAGUCAAUAUAAUCUCACACUCGAUGGGAGGAGUUUUGAUCUUGUCUUUCAUGACACUUCAUAAAGAUCUGUUUUCAAAAUAUGUGAAUAAGUGGAUUGCCUUGGCUUGCCCUUUCCAAGGAGCCCCGGGGUGCGUCAAUGAUUGUUUAUUAACUGGACUAGAGUUUGUUGAAGGCUUUGAAAGCUAUUUUUUUGUAUCAAGGUGGAGUUUUCAUCAAUUGCUAGUUGAGUGUCCAUCAAUCUAUGAGAUGUUGCCAAAUCCCAAAUAUGAAUGGAAAAAGCAGCCAGAAAUUCUAGUUUGGCGCAAGCUUACAAAGGAUGGGGAUAUUAGCGCAACUCUGGAAUCUUAUGGACCAGUCGAGAGUAUCUCUUUAUUUGAAGAAGCAUUGAGGCACAAUGAGCUAAAUUAUAACGGAAAGCUGAUAUCACUGCCCUUUAACACUGCUAUCUUCAAAUGGGCUAGUGGAACUCGUGAAGUUUUAUGUAAUGCAAAACUGCCAGAUGGGGUCAGCUUCUAUAACAUUUAUGGGACAUCAUUUGACACGCCUUUUGAUGUUUGCUAUGGUUCGGAAAAAUCUCCAAUAGAAGACUUAUCUGAAGUAUGCCAAACAUUGCCACAAUAUUCUUAUGUUGACGGAGAUGGAACAGUUCCCUCGGAAUCGGCCAAGGCGGAUGGACUUGAAGCCAUUGAAAGGGUGGGAGUUGCUGCCGAGCACCGUGCACUAUUACGAGAUAAAACCGUAUUUCAGCUUAUUCAAAAAUGGUUGGGUGUUGAGCCAGUGGUUAGCAAGCAAUCUAAGACAUCAAAAGUGGUAGAUAUUGCUGCAAUCAAGCCUAUGAUUCUAUAAAUGUUUCUUUCAUAAAAAAGGGGGAUCAUAUCCAUGUCCAUUUGUUUGUGCUCCUUGAUACGUUCACAGAAAAAAUAGUGUCUUUUCCAUCAUUUUUAAGAGAAAAGAUAAGAAACUUAGAAACAGCUAAGCUCCCAUUGUUUAGACAAUAAGCAGUUUGGUGCAAGUUCAGGUAAUCUAAAAAUUACCCAGGAGUGGUACAAUUUUAUCAUGCAUCAUGUGUUGUCGUUUAUUAUUGGGUGGUGUACUAUAUUUGGUGGUCCUAGAACAAGGUGUAUCUUUUUCCUUGCAUCUCCAAGAUGUGUCGUCUUGGAGUGCCUGGUGAAUUUGUUCUCAAUAUGCAUAUAUGUUAUUAUUAGCUUA